AUGUCGUCUUCUUCUUCAUGGCUUACUUCUCCUUCAUGCACUCUUUUUCCUAUAGAUUCAUCUUCCUCUACACCAAACCCCAUUCUUCAAUGGUUAACCUUUCUUUUUCUAUCUCCAUGUCCUCAAAGACUUGUUCUUUCUGCUCUUGAUUUCUUGUUUUUGCUCUCUCUCUUGGCUUUAGCAGCUCACAAACUCUAUUCAACUUCCAACUCUACCUCCUCGAUCACAAAACCACUUCUGCAGGAGAAAGAUUCUGACUAUAGAAUCACCUUUUGGUUCAAACUACCCUUGUUGGUUACUACCCUUUUGGCUAUAACUUACACUGUUCUAGGAGUCUUGGCUUUUACGCAAACCAAUAAUGUUACUUCAUGGAAACAAAUAGAAGCGCUUUUUCGGUUGUUUCAAGCAAUAGUCAACAUAGUGAUACUGAUUCUAAUGAUACAUGAGAAAAAGUUCAAAUCUUUCAAACACCCUUUAUCAUUAAGAAUCUAUUGGGUAGCAAACUUUGUGAUUGCUACUUUGUUUGCUGCUUCCGCUAUUGUUCGAAUUGUAACUGUAAGCGAAGAAAAAAUGGAACUUAGUUUGAGAAUAGAUGACAUAUUCUCACUGGUAAAUCUUCCAUUAUCUGUGUUCUUUUUUGUGAUAUCCAUAAAAGGGUCAUCAGGGAUUCAUGUCAUAAGAAUAUCUGAUGAAGUAGCAAUAUAUCCAUCGAUUUCUAGGGAUAGAACUUUGAGUCCUUAUGCUUGUUCUUCAUUUUUGUCCAAAUCAGUUUGGUUUUGGAUAAUCCCUUUGCUUAAUAAAGGUUACAAAACACCCCUUAACCUAGAAGAUGUUCCUUCACUUCCUCUUGAGUUUAGAGCAGAAAAAAUCUCUGAACUUUUUCAAAACAAUUGGCCAAAACCAGAUGAAAACACAAAAUCGGUUGAAGUACUUAGUGUCCAUCACUACAACUUCCACUCUCAGAAACUCGGUAUGCUUAUUCGUUCGAGCAUAAUCACUUCGGUUUACAAAAAGGGUUUAAGGUUGUCAAGUUCUUCAAGACAAACUCAUGGAACGGGACAGAUUGUGAAUCACAUGGCUGUCGACGCUCAACAACUCUCAGAUAUGAUGAUGCAGUUUCAUCCUAUAUGGUUGAUGCCCUUGCAAGUUACUGCUGCACUGGCUCUUAUAUAUAGCUAUAUUGGAGUAUCUGCUCUUGCUGCAUUUCUUGGAACUGCCGUAGUUUUUCUUUUCACAACUUAUCGAACUAAGAGUAGUAAUAGUUUCCAGGUUCAGAUAAUGAAAAGCCGCGAUUUGAGACUGAAGGCGACGAGUGAAUUGCUUAACAAUAUGCGUGUGAUUAAAUUUCAAGCGUGGGAAGAGUAUUUCGGUAACAAAAUUCAAGAGUUUCGUGAAGCCGAGCAUGGAUGGAUUGGGAAAUUCUUAUACAAUUUUGCUGUUAACUUUGGAGUAUUGUCUGCUGCAACAUUAGUUGUAACUGUUCUUACCUUUGGAACUGCAACUUUUAUUGGAAUUCGUUUGAAUCCUGGCACUUUUUUCCCAAUAAUUUCGAUUAUCAAGAUACUUCAAGAGCCUUUGAGGACUUUUCCUCAGGCUCUUAUGAUGGUUUCUCAAGCAACAAUAUCUUUAGGGAGGUUGGAUGAGUUCAUGACGAGCGAGGAAAUGGAUGAGAAUGCAGUGCAAAAAGAACAGAACUGUGACGAUGAUGUAGCAGUGGAGAUAAAAGAUGGGAAAUUCUCAUGGGAUGAUAACGAUGAGAAUGAUGGUUUGAGAGUUGAUGAGUUGGAAAUUAAGAAAGGGAAUCAUGCUGCUGUUGUAGGAACUGUUGGUUCAGGCAAGUCUUCAUUAUUGGCUUCUUUGUUGGGAGAAAUGUUCAAGAUCUCAGGAAAGGUUAGAGUUUGUGGGACAACGGCGUAUGUAGCACAAACAUCAUGGAUUCAGAAUGCAACCAUCAAAGAAAACAUAUUGUUUGGUUUACCAAUGAACAUGGACAAGUACAUGGAAGCUUUAAGAGUGUGCUGUCUUGAGAAGGAUCUUGAAAUGAUGGAAUAUGGUGAUGAGACCGAGAUUGGAGAGCGCGGAAUAAACCUCAGCGGAGGUCAGAAACAACGCAUACAGCUUGCUAGAGCUGUAUAUCAGGACACUGACAUCUAUCUCCUUGAUGAUGUAUUCAGUGCUGUUGAUGCUCAAACAGGAUCUUUUAUUUUUAAGGAAUGUAUUAUGGGAACUCUCAAAGAUAAGACAGUUUUACUUGUAACCCACCAAGUUGAUUUCUUGCAUAAUGUUGACUCUAUAAUGGUAAUGCGUGAAGGGAGAGUAGUGCAAAGUGGAAAGUAUGACGAACUUCUCAAAGCAGGCCUAGAUUUUGGUGCACUUGUGGCAGCUCAUGAAUCCUCAAUGGAAAUAGAAGAAACAGGUGACAAGACUAGUGAUGAUUCAGCUCAAACUCCAAAACUUGCUCGCAUUGCAUUGAAAGAAAAAGAAAGUGGCGGUGAAAAGCAGUUUUCUCAAGAUCAAUCUAAUAAAACUGCAGCAAAGCUCAUUGAAGAUGAGGGAAGAGAAACUGGACAUGUGAGCCUUAAAGUAUACAAGCAAUAUUUCACAGAAGCAUUUGGAUGGUGGGGAAUAGCACUUGUAGUAGCAAUGUCAGCGGGUUGGGUGUUGUCAUUUUUAGCUGGGGACUAUUGGCUUGCAAUUGCAACUUCAGAUGAUUCUGGCAUUCUUUCAUUUACUUUCAUUUUCGUCUAUGCUGCUAUAGCUGUUGUUGCAUGCAUAGUUCUUAUAGGAAGAGCUUUCAUGUAUACAUAUUUGGGUCUAAAGACAUCUCAAAGCUUCUUCAUUGGAAUGCUUCAAAGUAUCCUUCAUGCACCAAUGUCAUUCUUUGAUACUACUCCUUCUGGCAGAAUUUUGAGUCGUGCAUCUACUGAUAUACUUUGGGUGGAUAUAACGAUUCCAAUGUUUACAAACUUUGUAAUGAUUGCAUACUUAUCAUUAUUCAGUAUCCUCAUUGUCACAUGCCAGAACUCUUGGGUGACUGUCUUUCUCGUAAUUCCACUGGUCUGGCUCUACAACUGGUAUAGGAAAUAUUAUCUUGCAACUUCUAGGGAAUUGACUCGUCUUGAUUCAAUCACAAAAGCUCCAGUGAUUCAUCACUUUUCAGAGACACUUUCCGGUGUUAUGACAAUCCGUAGCUUAAGAAAGCAGAAUGAAUUUUGUGAUGAAAAUAUUGACAGGGUGAAUGCAAGUCUAAGAAUGGAUUUCCAUAACAACGGAGCAAAUGAAUGGCUUGGUUUUCGCUUGGACUAUAUGGGAGUGGUUUUCCUUUGUACUGCCACUUCUUUUAUGAUCUUUUUUCCAAGUACUAUUGUUAAACCAGAAUAUGUUGGUAUGUCUCUAUCCUAUGGUCUGUCUCUGAGUGGUCUUUUGUCAUUUGCCAUAACUAUGAGUUGCAAUGUUGAGAACAAAAUGGUUUCAGUUGAAAGGAUAAAACAGUUUACUAACCUCCCACCAGAAGCUCCAUGGAAAAUAGCUGACAAGUCUGUUCCUCAAAAUUGGCCUAGUCAUGGAACUAUAGAGUUAAAUAAUUUACAGGUUAGGUACAGGCCAAAUACUCCUCUAGUUCUUAAGGGAGUCUCUCUAACCAUUCAAGGUGGAGAAAAAGUUGGCGUUGUUGGGCGUACAGGAAGUGGAAAAUCAACACUCAUUCAAGUUUUAUUUAGGUUGAUUGAGCCUUCUGCCGGAAAUAUAAUCAUUGAUGGUAUCGAUAUUUCGACUGUUGGCCUUCAUGAUUUGAGGUCACGUUUUGGAAUUAUUCCACAAGAUCCCGUCCUCUUUCAAGGGACAGUAAGAACCAACAUUGACCCUCUUGGAUUGUAUUCUGAAGAUGAAAUUUGGAAGAGUCUUGAGCGGUGCCAAUUGAAAGAAGUGGUGGCUGCAAAGCCCGAGAAACUUGAGGCUUUAGUGGUUGACGGUGGAGACAAUUGGAGUGUUGGACAAAGGCAGCUUCUAUGUUUGGGAAGGAUAAUGCUAAAACGCAGCAAAAUAUUAUUCAUGGAUGAAGCAACAGCAUCGGUUGAUUCACAAACAGAUGUUGUAAUACAAAAGAUCAUCAGAGUGGAUUUUGCAGAUCGUACAAUAAUUAGCAUUGCUCACAGAAUACCAACAGUUAUGGAUUGUGACAAGGUUUUGGUCAUAGAUGCAGGUUUGGCAAAGGAGUACGAGAAACCAUCACAUUUGGUUGAAAGGGCAUCACUUUUUGGUGCAUUGGUUAAAGAGUAUUCCAAUAGAUCAACUUAG